AUGUUAUCACAAGAGAUACUUUAUUGUAAUAUUAAUGAUAAUGUAACAAUUGCUUACAGAACUAAUAAGAUACUAGAUGUUGAAGCGCAAGUAGGCCACUCAGACAAUGUUGAUGGUGACUCAAACAACAAGGAUAUCAAUUACAAUGACAUAGACAAAGAAAAUAAGUCAUGUCCAAUACUAUUCUUACAUGGUAUGGCUAGUACUAGUUAUACUUGGUUGUUAUUGGCCGAUUCAAUUGUACGCAAACAUUCAAAUAGACGUGUGAUUAUACCAGACUUGAGAGGACAUGGAAAGAGUAGUAGAUCAAAUGCUGUUGCAGAUUAUAGUAUAGACUCAUUCAUUGGUGAUACGUUCUCAUUGAUGGAUCGAUUGAAUAUCAAUCGGUUUGACAUUGUUGGUCAUUCACUUGGUGGACUGAUAGCAUUGGGAAUGGCCACAUCACAGCCUGGACGUAUUCGUCGAUUGAUACUGGAGGACACCCCAUCCAAGCCAUUACUCGAGCCUGAGCAAGAAGUCAAGGCGGCACCACUAAGUAUAAUGUCCAUACUCUCAUCGAUGGGUAUUAUCAGGACUAUACUGGUUGCACUAUGGCGUGGAUUCGAUUACAAGAUGUCAAACUAUGUCAUCAAUCAGAUUAGAACACCAACACCAGAAUGGUGGGAUAGUCUGGCAAACAUCACUGCGCAUACAUUGUUACUUGGUGCUACAGACAGUCAUGUAUCACCAAAGCGUCAAGAAGCAAUGGCAGCAAGAAUUGCACGAUCAAAUCUCAAGAUAUUCAUUGGAGGACAUCAUCUACAUCGUGAUCAACCAGAUGAGUUUGAAGCUGCAGUGGUAUCAUUCCUGUUCAGAGACAUUGACCCAAACAAGGACAGCAGCAGCAACAGUAGGAAACAAAGGAUAUCAAUUCAAUUGCAUAACAAUGACAUACAUGUACCAUCAACCAAACUA